AGGGAGACCUCUUUACAUACGGGUUACGAUUCGCACGUUCUCUGCCGCCAUAUUGUGCGACACUGCAGAAGGACUUCUGCCUUGAACCAUGUUAACAGCACGAUUUGCAGCGAAUUUGUCUAGACACAUUCCAAGACUUGCCACACAGGUGAGCAAAAAUGCAUGGGCAGCAGGAUGUGUAGCUUCAAAAAAUUUCUCAACAACACCAAGAAAAAAUGCAGCUGGAGGUGGUGCAGCUGAAGUGUCUUCAAUUUUGGAAGAGAAGAUUUUGGGAGCUUCUUCCCAGUCAAACUUGGAGGAAACAGGACGUGUACUGUCUAUUGGAGAUGGUAUUGCCCGUGUCUAUGGACUGAAGAACAUUCAAGCUGAGGAAAUGGUGGAAUUUUCCAGUGGGCUGAAGGGUAUGGCCUUGAACUUGGAAAGAGACAAUGUCGGUGUUGUAGUCUUUGGUAAUGACAAACUGAUCAAGGAGGGAGAUGUUGUCAAAAGAACUGGAGCUAUUGUGGAUGUACCUGUCGGUAGGGAAAUGCUUGGUCGUGUUGUAGAUGCUUUGGGAAACCCAAUUGAUGGAAAGGGACCUGUUGGUACAGAUGCUCGUGCUCGUGUAGGAGUAAAGGCCCCAGGUAUCAUUCCACGUAUCUCCGUGAAGGAGCCCAUGCAGACUGGAAUCAAAGCCGUAGACAGUUUAGUGCCUAUUGGUAGAGGGCAGCGAGAACUGAUCAUUGGUGACAGACAGACAGGAAAAACUGCCAUUGCCAUCGACACCAUCAUCAACCAGAAACGAUUCAAUGAAUCUGACAAUGAGAAAGCCAAACUAUAUUGUAUCUAUGUGGCUAUUGGACAGAAGAGAUCAACUGUGGCUCAGAUUGUGAAGAGGCUUACAGAUGCUGAUGCCAUGAAAUACACCAUCAUGGUCAGUGCCACAGCCUCUGAUGCAGCUCCCCUACAGUAUCUUGCUCCCUAUUCAGGUUGUGCCAUGGGAGAAUAUUUCAGAGACAAUGGCAUGCAUGCUCUCAUUAUUUAUGAUGACUUGUCAAAACAGGCCGUAGCCUAUCGACAGAUGUCUCUGUUGCUGCGUCGUCCCCCAGGACGUGAAGCCUACCCAGGAGAUGUCUUCUACCUCCACUCUCGUCUAUUAGAGCGUGCUGCCAAAAUGAACGAUGACAACAAGGGAGGUUCUCUCACCGCUCUCCCAGUCAUUGAAACACAGGCUGGUGAUGUAUCUGCUUACAUCCCAACCAAUGUCAUCUCCAUCACAGAUGGACAGAUCUUCUUGGAGACUGAGUUGUUCUUCAAGGGUGUCCGACCCGCUAUUAAUGUCGGUUUAUCUGUCAGUCGUGUAGGAUCUGCUGCCCAGACCAAAGCAAUGAAACAGGUGGCAGGUUCCAUGAAGCUGGAAUUGGCCCAGUACAGAGAAGUGGCAGCUUUCGCUCAGUUUGGAUCUGAUUUAGAUCAGGCUACACAAAACCUUUUGAACAGAGGUGUGCGUCUGACUGAGCUUCUAAAGCAAGGACAGUAUGUGCCAAUGGCUAUUGAAGAACAAGUAGCAGUUAUAUAUGCAGGUGUUAAAGGUCAUCUAGAUAAAGUGGAUCCCUCUAGGAUUACACAAUUUGAAGCUGAAUUCUUAGAUCACAUCAGAGGACACCAGCAGGCAUUACUUGCCCAGAUUCGUACAGACGGACAGAUCACAGAAGCCACAGAUGCUAAAUUAAAAGAAAUUGUUACCACUUUCUUGGCAGGAUUUGAGUGAGAACAGAGUGAACAGUUAGACCUUUAGUGCUAAACUCUGUGAUACAUGAUUUUACAAGUGGUGAAUGUGUGUCUAGACAUGCCUCAGAGACCUUGAAUACAUGUAAUAGUUGUUACAAUUUGAAUUUGAUUGCAUUAACACAUCCAACAAUUACAUUAAAAGAGAAUAUUUAUGAA